CCGUUUCCAGGGCAACCAACUGACGCUCCUGUCAGUCAAGACAGUGCAGCGGCUGUGUAGCUAAACCUACUUCACUGAAGAAGUUCAGCAUCGAUUUAAAGUCUCUCGUUUGUCCACUGAAAGACAUGGCUGACAGAGGCCAUGAUGGAGCAGAAAGAGAUGCAGUGGGCACAGAUGAGCUUCUUUACACUGAUUUCGAUGACAACAGCAGUGUGUUUGAACUGGAUUCUCAGUCUCUCAAACUGGACCACUGUGACUUUCUCCUGGAUGCUAUCGAUGCUCAGCUUGGUCAGCUGCAGGUCCAGCCCCAAAAACGUCAGGCAAUUUCCAGAGAGUGUGAUUGCAGCGAUGCAGCUCCUUUUGGGUGGAGUGAAUCUCUAAGCAAAGACACAGGCCUUGGAAGUACAACCCAAACAAAUGACACUCCCAUGUCUUAUCUUGAUUUGAUACACACUCCAACAAUGAAGCAAACAUCAGAGAAGACCUCAGGCUGCUGGGAAGGUCCUGUCUCUCAUGCGGAAACUAAACAGUUCGACAGAAAAACAAGAGACAAAGAGGAAAUAGAGUCUCAGAGGGAGCAGGUCAUCUGGAGGCUCGAGAGACUGCUUGGAGACACCUGUUACGAGGGAAGGAUGGCAGGAGCAUCCCACCCUCCUUCAGACAGCAUCUGCACUGAGGACUUUGUCGGACGCUUCAGAGACGAGAUGGUGGAAAUGGCAUUGCCAGAGAGUAAUAUGCAGCAACUAGACAAAGAAGAAGAGGCUGAGAGGACAGAGAUAUCUGACUGUGACACUUGUCAGAGUGAACAAAAGGGACAAAAUGUUCUUAAUGUCGACAGAAGAGGAGCAGCAACGACUGAGAAAAGCGGUGAAGACACAGAGCCUGCUCACUAUUGCCAGUCAAACAAGUCAUGUCAAAGAAAGGAACUGGAGAAAUGUCUUUCUGACAGCUAUGGAGUAAAUACAUCACAUGUUAGUGAGAAAGCAAGAGCUGGAGAGAGAUACAACACACCACAGAUGCUUGGUGAUGAUGACAGCAUCUCUCUCAGAACAGAGGUUGUAACAGAACAUGAAACCCCACGGCAGAACAACAGCCGUUCUCCUAAGGCCAGGUGCUUGGCAGGAGUACCUGUGUGGAGUUUUGACACCGUGUCCAUUGACAGUGACCUUGACUCAGUUUGUACAGAGCAAGUCAGGCAGCAUAUUCACAGGCGGCCAGGAUGGCGCUCUCUCAUUCAAUCUGUCACAGGCAUGGAUGACUACUGUACCAACCAGAGUGACUAUGACACACCCACACAGGAAGAGAGUGAACCUCAAUCUACAUCAGGCCAGAGAUCCUCUUAUGGAAAUGUACGAAACAGAAGUCCUUCUGCCCGUAAAGCACAGCGUAAUAAGAGAGAAACUUACAGACUUGUGUGUUCUUUGGGUGACAAUGACAAGGACACAGAUGAAGAAAUGACUCACUGGAGCAGGAGAUGCAGGCCUGAAAGGACAUCAGAGAAGAUGCAGUCUGAUUGGGCCAAGAUGAAACAUCAGCUCUCUACACUCCGACAAAAAUGUGAGAAAGAGGAGGAGACACUACAGUUGAAGAAGACACAGUUAAAAAAUGUUGAGGUCUCCCUCUCUGAACUUCAACAGAGAAGAAAGCAUGCCUUGCAGGAAUUAGAGCGACUGACUGUAGAGACAGCAAAGAUGGAGAAGGAGAAGAGGACUCUGGAGUUCAUUCUGAGAGACAGCAGGGCAGGGAAGGACUCUAUUAGUUGCCAGCUGCAUGAGCUGCAGAGGCAGAGAGAGUCCUGUAUCCUUGAGGUAAGAGACAUGGAAGAAGAACUCGCAACUCUGAGUCAAUGUAAACAGACUGUAAAGGAUGGAGUCUUCACGGAGAGGCCCAGUGUCAUCAUGUCAGUGCUGGAGAGGGAGGACAUGGACAGACAGCUGGAUAGUGCCAAAACAGAACUGUUUGCUGAACAGCGACGUGGAAGAGAGAAGCUAGAGUCCAUGCAAGAAAAGUUGGAGGAGACUCGUGAGGAGCUCCAGAGAGUCACAGAGGCAGAAAGCUUACUGAGGAACAGGUGUGCUCAUCUGGAGGAGAAACGGAGGCAGAAAAAGGAUCAGAUAAAGGCAGUAGAGGUUCAGGUGGGCGAGCUGCAGGGUGAACUGGGAGAAUGCAAGGUCAGAGUGGGUACUCUGGAGAAGAUGUUGGCACAGAAGGAACUGAAGCUACUAGAUUUACAGAAACAAUGUGGGGCCUUACAAGCAGAAAGAGAUGGACUGAAGGGGGAGCUACAACACCUGAAAACCCAGCACUGCAAUGCACUGAAAGAAGCCCAGGAGCAAGCCCAUAGAAUGAUGGAAGCAGCGUUGAAGCAGCAAAAGAAAGAUUUGACUUUGGCUCAUGAACAGCAAAUCCAAAAGGUUAAUAAGCAGACUGAAGAGGAGAAGGCAGACGCUUUGAAAGAACAAGCUCUGACUCUCAUACGACACAUUGAGUCCUUAAAAAGUUCCAUUCAGCUAAAAGAAGAAGAGGCAAAGAAGCUGAGGAAUUCUCUGGAGCAGCAGAAGGAGGAGGCAAAGGACCGCGAAGAGGAGCUGCAUGUAGAAGCCUUGGAAAAGGUACACAAAGCAAUAGAGGAGGAGAGGAGGAAGUGGGAGGCAGAAAAAGUGGAAGCUGUGCAGGUGCAUUGUGGGAUACUGGAAGAGCAGAACAGAAAGAGCCUGGAAAGCAUGAGGAGUGAGAUGCAGCGAGAGAAGAGUAAAGCACUGGCUCUUCAACAUAAAGUGGUGGAACUAAAAACAAGAGUGCAGGAGUUGGAGAGUGAAAGCUGUGCGCAGCAGAGAGAGCAUGAGUCUUUGCUGGCUGUUAUUUGCAAAUCACUGAAAGAGGAGCACCAAGCUGAGCUGCAGAAGUUGCAGAGACAGAUGGCACAGGAGAGUCAGAGGGCAGUGCUACAGCUGGAGCAGGCUGUUCAGCUGGCAGAGAAAGAGGCUGCCAGGCUGCAGGUGAUGCUAGAAGAAAGAGAGGGCACCCAUAACCAAAUCACAGCUGAGCUGGAACAGCAGUGGGCCCAGGAGGUGGGAGCAGAGUGCCAGCAGCUACACCUCUUAGUGGAGCAGAGUGGAGCCAAACAAAGUUCUGUGCAACUACCUCCCAGCCCUACAGUAGCUGAGGCUCUUACAAACCUGAGAACACUAAGAGAGCAGUUGAAACACUUGAUUAGCCAUCUACACCAGGAGCUUGAUUCACACGAACAAACUACUGAGCAGCUGAGAAAAGACAAGGAGCGAGAAUUGAGCAUCCAGAGGCAGCAGCUGAGGAUGGAGAGAGACCAAGCCUUGGAUUCUCUAAAGGAACGUCUCAUUCAGGAGCACAUUGAGGAGUUAAGCAGUCUGAACUGGGCUCAUAUGUGUGAUGGAGGAGCUGAGGGAGGAGGAGUGACAGCAUCUCUUCGCAAACAGCUGAAAGCCAAAGACCUGGAGCUCAGGCAGGUUCAGAGGAGCAUGGGUCAGUGGAAGGAACAGACUGCAGCUCGUCUGGCAUGCAAGUUUGAAGAAGAGCUGACAGCUGAACUGGAAAGGUGCAAGACAAAGUUGUUAAGGGGCAGAAAAACAUCAAAGACUCGAGAUGAGAGGCAGAGAAAGCCUGAGAGGCUUGAAGGAAAGAUGACGCUUGGUGCAAAGGAAGCUCAGAAUUCAGUUUGCUCUCCCUCCCUCCAUGUUGCUGCCUCCCACAGCCCCUCAGACGUGGCUUCAUUUAAGCUUCUACGUUACCUCCAGAGCAGAGUCAAGCAGCUCCGUGUAGAAAACCAGGCCAACACCUGGAGCCCAUCGCCUUCAAAUACAAUCCCUUUAGAUUUGUCAGGAUCCUAUCUUACAACAAUCACUCAAGGUCAAGACAUUGCUGGGAUUCAGAGCCACUGAUCAAUCAGGACAGUCUCAAGUUAAGGACAUGAAACCUUACUCUGUGUGUGUUAUACACACCAAUGAUAUAAUGUUCUCUAAAUCUGAGUCUCAGGCAUUUCAUUUGUGGCCACAGAAAUGAAUCAUUUACUGUUACAUAUGCUUAACAGAGCAGAUUAACAAUCAGGUCACAGUGACAAAUGUCACAGCCGAAGACUUGGUCAUCAAUUUCACAUUGCUCUGUGUGAAGGCAGUCAAAUUUUAUGGCUUAUGGUUACAGUGAACUGUGAAUGAAUGAUGAACUGACAUUUCAGUGAAGAUCAUGUGAGUUAUGUCAGAGCUUUAUGUCAGAAAGCUGACAGUUCUGCGGGAAACCCUUGUAUAAUCUUAAAUGUUACAUGAUUUUUAAUUUAUACAAUAAAAAAGUUCUGUAGA